GCCAACUCUCCUUGCGCGUUGAUAUAUAUUUUUUUUUUCUGUUCAAUCGUAUGGGAACAAGAGUUGAGUACACGAGCACUCGCCAGUCAGUAGUGACUGAGACACGACGAGGUGACGAGUCUAUUGAAUAGAAAUAAUUUGAGUGAGGAAUGAGUAAAAUGGAGGGUGAAAUGCCAUCGGUGGUUGAACUCAAUGUGGGUGGAGUCUUUUACACAACGUCAAGAUCGACGUUGAUGAAGGAGAGCGAGUCGCAUCUGUCAGCGAUACUGACGGGCAAAUCGAGUCUUGAGAGGGACUCCAAGGGUCGGUACUUCCUGGACCGUGAUGGGGUGCUGUUUCGUUAUGUACUUGAUUUUUUGCGUAAUGACUCGCUCAUUCUACCUGAGGCUUUUCGUGAAAGGGAGCGACUACGUUGCGAGGCUAUUUUCUAUGGGCUACCUGGACUUGAGAGAGCUAUCAAAGAGCCCAAUGGCAAGCGCCCUGUUGGUUACAUCACUGUGGGAUAUCGUGGGAGUUUUGCUUUUGGUCGAGAUGGACUGGCUGAUGUCAAGUUCAGGAAGCUGUCCAGAAUACUGGUGUGUGGACGUGUUGCUUUGUGCAGGGAUGUCUUUGGGGAGACUCUCAAUGAGAGUCGGGAUCCUGACCAUGGCAUGUCCGACAGGUACACAUCCAGGUUCUUUCUCAAGCACAGCUUCAUCGAGCAGGCGUUUGAUAUGCUCCAGGAGCAGGGAUUCAAACUUGUUGCUAGCUGUGGAUCUGGCACUGCUGGUGGCAGUGCUGAACAACUCAAGCCUGGAGUCGACUCCGAGGAGAAUCGGUGGAAUCAUUACAAUGAAUUUGUUUUUGUACGGGAGUAAACAGGGAAUUACAUCAGAGAGGUUUAUCUUCUGAUACAAUAAUUUUGACAAUGAUAUGGUGACUAUCGCUGUUUGUAGACGUUAUUUGGGGCAUUCUGCGAUUCUGUUCUUUGGAUCGAAGGGGUUCGGGAUAAUUCAUGGAGGAAAACAUUUGCCAACCAAUGCUAUUUUUCGGGAAUAUCUCAGAAUCUGAGGGAGAUUGCCAUUUUUUUGCGGAACCUCUUCUCGAGAGUGCGAGAAGAGCUGGAAAAGAGGUCUAGGCAAACAUUUUUGUAUCUCUUUUAAAUUUGAUGAUAUCACUCGAAGAAUUACUUAUUUGUUGAAUCGAUUUUUUAUCCUUUACCUUUGAGGUACUGAAUUUUCUGAGAAAAUCCGGCAUUUUCUACGGGAAAUUAUAUUUAAUGUCUAGUGGAGUUCCGCUAUAAUUCUGUUGAAAUUGUGUUCUGUCUAUGAAAUAUCUAUUAGUAAAUGUUAAGUUGCCCAAUUGACGCAAAAGAAAAAACAAAUAGAAUUCUAAUAGCAAUCUAAUAGAAUUCUGCUAGUGUUUGAGUAAAAAUGAUUUAGAAGUUCUUGAGAAAUGCUAGAUAUUCCUGUCAAACUUUUCCCUACGUGAAUUUAUUCCGAUGUAAUCCUUUUUUAAUCAAAUUUUGAAUUUUUAAGCGCCAGUGGUGAUGUGGGGAGGGAGGGUAUUUGAUUUUCAGGGGUGUUGAAGUUGUGGGGAGAGGUUCAUGGGGUAGAAGUGGUUCGCCACUUUACUACUGAAUUGUUCAAGUAGAUCGAUAAUUAAUGAGCUUCAGGGAGUAAGAUUGGAUGCUCCCCUUGAAAAAUGAAUUAUGAGAGACGGAAAUCAUUUUUUGAGCAUGCAAAGCUGAAUUUUAUCUUUUGACGAAUUUGCGAGAUGUAUGAAAAAUUUUGUGAGCGGUUUGAUGCUCAAAUGAAUACAGAUGUACAACAGCGAGGUGCAGCUGUUACUGAAAAUUCAGUUUUCUUGAAAUACUCAAGGAUUAAGGGCAAGUAGUAAAACGUUGACGAGGAAAAUUUUGAAGCGAAAUUGAGUCAUUUCAUUUCCCCACCUCACCACUGAAAUGAGGUAAUCUUCUAUGAGACGAAAUAGACUUCCAACCACUUCCUCCAGUAUAUUAGAUAACUUACGAUGAUUAUGGGAGGCAAGUAACGACUCUGACUGUCUGCACGGGUAUUAAAAAAACAAAAAUAAUAAUAAAUAUAAAUUAAUGCUGUAUGAUCAACUAUUUAUACUGAGUAACUGUAGAUACUACAACCUGUGACACUUAAUGCAGUCAACUGUUGCAUUCACAGAGAAUAUGUAAUAUAUAUGUACCUCUUGUUUCAGUCACCAAUGCACAUAUCUGUAAUGAACGAACGUGUGCGUCUGUUUUUGGAAAUCAAUCGCUGAUGUGAACGUCGCAAUUUUUCCAUAAUAUUGCGGAAAAAAAUAUAGUUUAGUCCGAAUAUGAGCCAUUAUUCUGGGUCGCAGUACUCUAUUAUUAUUGUGAAUGCCGAAUGAACGAUCGAGAGUACAAUUGUGAUGUGCGUCAGGUCUUCACUUUCUCAUGAGAAAUAUGAAAAUAAUGUUUGUUUAUCAAGUCCACUAUUUCAGGAACGAAUGGGUGGAACGAAAUUAGUCGGCACUGUUUUGAAUCAGUCUUCGUGAAAUAACUAAAAAAAAACUAAAAAAAGACCACAAAUUUUUGUUGAGGUCGUCGUGUUGUUUUCAUUUUUACGGUUUGAUGGUGAUUUUAGAAAAUAUUCCAGUAUCGAUAGUCCAUAUUUGAUUAAAAUUUCUCGUUAUUUCGUUUCACCAGUUCGUCACUGAUUUCUUCCAUAUGCUGUCUUCUGUGUCGAUGUAAAAUUGGCGAGUGCAGGAGAAAAUUUCUUGAGAGGAGAAUAACUAAUGUAUAGAUCUCAUCUUCGAGCUUUAGAAUAAGUAGAGAAUUUCAUUGUUGAUAAAGCGAUAAGGAACUACUGGAACCAAUUCUACGAGUGUCGGUCCUCCCCAAUCCUUUCAUAUUUGAGAGGCGGAGAGAGUAAUGAACAGAUGAACAAAGUAUAUUAUGAAGGUAGAAAAAUAUUUUUUAUUCAUUUAUUAAUUUGUGACAAUUCAGCUAGAUACUCAGAUAAUUUCGUGCAGAUACCCAGUUGGCGUGCAUUUUAAAUAUGCAUAGUCCAAGCAUGAAAGCAAUCGCCGUAACUGCACAUCCACC